GCCGCCAAGGCGCCGCUGAAGCGCAAGGUGCUCCGGCGCCGGCCCGACGGCGCGCUGGAGAUCUGGGACGAGUCGGCCCACAGCGAGCCCCAGCUCUGGAGCRUGCGGCGCCGCUGGAGCGACAGCGUCUCCGAGGGCGAAACGGAAUCCGAGGGCGCCAGCAGCUUCCUGGAGGAAUCGUCGGCGGAUGUGUACCCGCGCCGGCGCCUGCCGCGCUCGCCUCCCGCGCAGCCCAAAUCCUUCAUCCCGCCGCGCCUGGAGCAGCCGGGCCACGGCCCGCCCAAGACCGACCGCGUGGCCAAAUACUGGGAAUACCGUCGGGACUGGGCAGCCUUCGGYGUGCCGGGCGAGCAGGCGCACCGCGAGCUGCGCCGCGGCAUCCACGAGCAGCUGCUGGCGGCGGCGAGCGAGGCGCCGUGCCGGGCGCGCUGCCCGCGCGCCCCCAACGCCUACGUGGUGCCCACCGAGAAGAAGCGCGCGGCGCUGCGCUGGCACGUGCGCUGCCUGCUGGCCGGCGGCGUCCCGCCCCGCUGCAGCGCCUCCUCCUAG